AGUGAAAGGGAAACAAUCUGAAACCAUGUAAAAGUUCAACUUUUCUGUGAAAGCCCCACAGCUGCGGUGGAUGGUGGCCAGGCCGCAGGGACCACAGACUCUGCAGGAAGAUACACGUUGGGUCUCCGAGCUGAAUUCGCAGCCCCAAGGUCAGACAGAGGAGAGAGCGUCUGGGUGUGGAACAAUGGCCGGGUCAGCUGACACCAUUGUGAUGCCGGCUCUGGGCCGCCCGUUCCAGCUGGGGAUGCUGUACGACUGCCGCAGCGACUCCCUCAUCCCAGGGGUCACACUGUGGGGCCUGGACCAGCUUCUCAAGGAUGUAAGCAGAAAACCACAACCUAGGACUGAAUUUGAGAUCAUCGCAUCUGACACCAUUGAAGACAAGGCCAAUGCCCUCAAUGUCACAGCCUCGCUGAAGGCCAGUUUCCUGGGGGGGCUGGUUGAAGUAAGUGGAUCUGCCAAAUACUUAAAUGACACCAAAACAUCCAAACAACAGGCCAGAGUUACUCUCCAGUACUCUGCCACAACAAAGUUUGAGCAACUAACUAUGAACCAUUUAGGACCAGAGAAUGUCUCUUAUCGUGCUGUAUUUGACCAAGGCACGGCCACCCAUGUGGUCACGGCUGUGCUGUACGGGGCUCAGGCUUUCUUCGUGUUUGAUCGGGAAGUUUCUUCUUCUGAGAAUGUACGUGAGAUAGAGGGAAAGCUCAAGCUUGCAAUUAAAAUUAUACCCCCGGUUUCCAUAGAAGGGGAAGGAGCUGUCAAAAUGGAUGACAGGGAAAAAUUAAAUGCUGAAAAUUUUAACUGCAAGUUCCAUGGUGAUUUUGCUCUUGAGAAAAAUCCAACUAAUUUACAAGAUGCCAUGAAAAUGUAUUCCACCCUCCCGAAGCUGCUGGGUGACAGCGGGGAGAACGCCGUACCAAUGAGAGUCUGGCUGUACCCGCUGACCAAGCUGGAUUCCAGAGCGGCUCGGCUGGUGCGUGAGAUCAGUUUAACACUGAUUUCUGAUGCUCAGACUGCUAUGGAGGAACUGGCAGAACUAAACAUGCGAUGCAAUGACAUGGUGAAGAAUCCGAUCACCACAAGCUUCCCCGAAAUCAAGCAGAAAAUCCAGCAAUUCAGAGAUCUGUGUAAGCAACACAGACAGACUUUCCAGAAACAGCUAGCAAGCCUCUUGCCGUCUAUCCGUGGAGGUGGAAAAGAGGAAGGGGCUCUGGUGGAUAUUUUAUCAUGGAAAAAUCAGUCACCGUUCAAUACCCAGCGUCUCAGUGAAUUUCUGGAUACAAAGGAGAAAGAGGUGAAUUAUGUGAAUUCCUACCUUAGGAUCCUAAGCAAUGUGGAGGUGGUGUCCUCUCAGAGUGAACUAGAUAAAAUAGUACUCGACCCUGAUCUUGACUUUAUCGUCUCCUUUACAUUCACCUCACUGUGUGAAGAGGAGCCAUAUUUAUCAGAUUUAAAACAAUGGCUUCAGACCCAGUUUAUAAAGGAAACUCAUGAUCCUGCCUUAGCCAGUUCUGUUGCUGAGAAACCAAAAUCCAAAGUGUGGUUUGAGGAAAAAAAAAUAUAUCAAAAAGCUCGAAAAUCUGCAAAGUCCCUUUCACAUUUUGUCAGUGUCAACAAACCUAACAGGAAGACUCGGUUCAUUGUGGCCUCUGUCCCAGACAAGGACAAUCCAGGCACUUCCAUUUACCUAUAUGGAGAUGGAGAGCUGAUCAGCACCAACUUUGAGCCUCCAUCAAAGCCUCUUCCUCCCCUGAUUGAUGGAAUCAGACAUGACCGUGUGCAGCUCACGUUUAACCCAGCAGCCUAUGGCAGGGCUGAGAUAUCCGGCUAUCGGGCAGAGUACAGAAUUGUAGGGCAGGAGAACUGGACGGCUGUGACUGUAAAUAACACACAAGAGACAUUCACAGUAACAGGGCUCCGUGCAAACACCGAGUACCAGUUCCGAUACGCUGCAGUGAGCAAACCAGGGCUCAGCGAGAGCAGCGACGUGAGUGAUCCUGUGAAGACUCUUCCCCCUACCAGCUCUCCUGGGAAGCCCGUAACAGUUAUUGUAGAUUCAUCUGCCAUUGCCCUUUCCUGGGAGAGUCCAAGUGUCACUGGAGACGGAGUUAGAAUAAAGGAGUAUAAGGUGGAAUAUAAAGAGGAUGCAGGAGAUACGGGUCAGGAGGGGAAAGACAAAUGGCUGGAACGAAGGACAGGAAAGAGAACCGAGUUCUGUAGCGUUGAUGGACUGCGUCCUGAGACCUCCUACAGAUUCCGGGUGUCGGCUGUGUGUGCGGAUGGGGCUGUGAGUGACCCGAGCGAGGAGACUUGCAUCUCAACCCUAAAGAAAGCGAAUGUGACUCUGGAUCCAGACACGGCACAUCCUGAGCUCAUCCUGUCUGAAGAUCGAAGAAGCGUGAGCCGGGGACACGAGAGCCAGAUGUUGCCUUACAAACCGGAGAGAUUUGAUUAUUUGCUCAGUGUGCUGGGCUCUGAGGGGUUCACCUCGGGGAAACAUUCCUGGCAGGUGAAGGUGGAGGGAGGGGCAUCCGCAGACUGGGCUGUGGGGGUAGCUAAACAGUCUGUGCUGAGGAAGGGAGAGGUUGGCUUUACCCCCGAAGAGGGGGUCUGGGUGGUGCAGAAAUGGGGCAGUGCCCAAGACUAUCGGGCUCACACCUCCCCUGUCACCCGCCUCUCCUUGAGUAGAAAACCCAGCAGGAUCUGGGUCUCUCUGGACUAUGAAGGGGGGUCGGUGGCAUUUAAUUAUGCUGAUAAUCUGGCCCCGAUUUUCACUUUCCCACGGGCCUCUUUCAAUGGGGAGAAAAUUUUCCCUUUCUUCUGGGUCUGGGGUACAGGAUUCCAGCUGAGCCUGCAUCCCUGAGACUCAGGGUAGCCCAGGGCCCUGUCAGUACCAUAGAGAGCAGGCUAGAUAAACCCAUUUCACGGUCCGGCCGUGACGGCCCGGUCUGCUUGUUCUCAUGCUGUAUGGUUCUGUAGGGUUAUAUCAGAGAACAGGGUCAGAGAAAGGUGUGGGGGGGAGAAAGAGUACCUCCGGG